AUGUUCGAUAUUACCAGUAUCGCCAGACCUAAUAUUCUCACGUUGGAGCCAUACAGAUGUGCUAGAGAUGAUUUCCAGGAAGGUAUUCUUUUAGAUGCUAACGAAAACACCUAUGGUCCUUCUUUCACCGAGUUCUCGGUGAGAGAGAAGGAGUUGGAGCUUAACAGGUAUCCUGACCCUCAUCAAAUUCCAUUGAAAAAAAGACUUUGUGGGUUCAGAAACUCAGAAGCUUGUAAUCCCCAAAGCAUUAUCAAACCGGAAAUAGGGCGUGACGUAAAAGCUGAACUAUUGACCCCAGCCAAUGUUUGCCUUAGUGUUGGUUCUGAUGGUGGAAUUGAUCUACUUAUCAGAUGCUUCUGUAAGCCAGGAGUUGAAAAAGUUUUAGUAUGUCCUCCCACUUAUCCAAUGUAUGACACGUGUUGUGCUGUUAACGAUGUUGAAAUGAUGGUCGAGCCCUUAGACCUCAAUACUUUUCAAAUUAAACCUGAUAGAAUUAUCAGCAGGCUCAAAGAUGACCCUUCCAUUAAGUUGGUUUUCAUCACAUCUCCUGGCAAUCCUACUGCCACUAUGAUCAAACACGACUUGAUAUUUCAGGUUAUCGAUGCCGUUGAAAAGAUGUCCUGGAACGGUUUAAUCGUUGUUGACGAAGCAUACAUCGACUUUUGUCCUAUUGGCUCUUCUAUGUCUGUUCUUGUCAACAAGCAUAAGAAUUUGGUGGUGCUCCAAACCUUCUCCAAAUCCUUUGCCCUAGCAGGUAUCAGACUUGGUGUUACUUACUCUACUGCCGAGGUUUCUAUGCUUUUGAACACGACUAGGGAUCCUUAUUGUUUGAAUAAGGGAGCUUCUCAUGCAGCAAUGAAGGCCACCUCUAAGAAGGCCUUGGAUCUAAUGAAGGCAACGUGCCAGAAAAUAAAUGAACAAAGGUCCCUCGUUUCAAAAGCUUUCUCUAAGAUUCCGGGUAUAGGGAAAAAUAUUGGUGGAGAGGAUGCAAAUUUCAUUUUGGUUCAAGUGUUGAAUAAGGACGGUGUUCCUGAUAAUAAAAUGGCAUAUCAACUCUAUUGGAAGUUGGCUACUGAAAGAAAGGUUGUUGUCAGAUACAGGGGAGAGGAGCUAGCCUGUACUGGUUGUCUUAGAGUUACUAUUGGUACACCAGAAGAGAAUGUAAAACUUUUGGAAGAUUUGGAGAGCGUUCUAAGAGAGGGUUUUUAA